AUGGGUCCAAGUGCAAAUAACUUACCUUCAGGGAGGGCGUAUGGAGACUUUGAUUUCAAGCACAAGCUAUACGGUACUUAUUCUCAAGUCAAUCCAAUAAAAAGUAGUCUUCAGGGUAUACUACAGAAAUAUCCGAAUACUAGUCGUUCCUUAGAUAAAAUUGCAAGUGCGUGGUAUUACGUGUCCAAGAUGAUAAGCAACCACGACCCAAUCUACAAGGAACGUUGUUUCCUAUUUUAUUUCUGGCUAGGGGACAUAGUAUCGGGGAAUUUACAGGACAAUAGUAAAUUUCUGAAUGCCAUGGGUGAAAUAUACACGACCCUGGGAAAACACUUUUCCGAAGGUAAGUGUGAGAAUAUGUACGCCGACUUAAGCAGACUGUAUUUUAGCCACAUGAAGGAAGUAUUUAAUGAUUAUUACAACCUGAAGACUGUAUGUAAACAGUUCCAGGGAACAGAUUUCACGGGGUUAGAUGCAUACUCCAGUUCCCUGGGGGCAGUUCCUGACGCCUAUGGGAAGAUGAAUGCGCACUGUGCAGGUAAUGGUAGUGGAACUGCCUACUGUAAUGAAUUCCAGAAGAAGUACGAAAAAUACAGUAAUAGAACAUUAUCAAAAGAUACGUGUGCUGUAAUAAAAGCAGAAGAAACUGGAGCUACUGGUAAUCAAAACACUGGUAGUCCAAGACCAGGUUCUACGGGAACUUGGAACCCAGGUUCUUCUGGUUCCGGUAGUACCGGACACCAGUCUCCUGGUUCCUCUGGACCCGGUUCUACGGGAACCUGGAAACCUGGUUCAUCCGGACCUGGUUCCACUGGAACUUGGAAUCCAGGUUCUUCCGGUUCCGGUUCUACAGGAACCUGGAAUCCAGGUUCUUCCGGUACCGGUUCCACGGGAACCUGGAACCCAGGUUCUUCUGGUUCCGGUUCUACCGGACACCAGUCUCCAGGUUCCUCUGGUCCAGGUUCUACGGGAACCUGGAAACCCGGAUCCUCUGGACCAGGUUCCACGGGAACGUGGAACCCAGGUUCUUCUGGACACGCUUCUGCAGGUUCCGAAGUUGGUGGAAAUUCUGUUGUUCCUGCUGCAGUCUCCAGUGGACUUGUUGCAGUAGCAUUACCAACAUUGGCAUAUUUUUUUUACAAGUACAAACCUUUUUUCUUGAGGAAGCAUAAUCAUUCUGCAAAUGGAAGAAGGAAAAGAUCCCUUAGGAGAGAAUUUAAUGAGUUCGAUGAUGACGACGACAUCUCAACAACAAUAAAUUCGUCCGAAUAUUCUAUUCCAUAUACUUCAUCAUCAUCCAGAUGA